AUGCCCCUUGAAACUUGUCCCUCAAAAAGAAAUGGGACAGUUUGUAGGGGCAUGUUAAAAUUAUACAGAAAAAAAUGUGGUACAAGAGCUAUUACAUAUUUUCGAUGCAGAAAAUCAGGGUGCCAAUCUUACCACUCUACAAAGAAAAUCCUCAAGAGGUCAUUAAGUAAGUUUUAAUAUAUUAACUAUUUAAAAAAAAUGUAAUCAGGGACUGAUUGGGACUUCAGCCAGGUCCCGAAAAUUAAUAUAUAGCUAGCCCAUAUUUAAGGAAGCAACUGUACCUUGUAGCCCUGAGGAGGUCCGAUUUUUUUUAAGCCAUUAAGGGAUAGUCAAUUUUGAUUUACAUAUAUGGUGAAAUUAUAUGUAUAAGUGUCCCAUUAAGAACAUUGGAUAUAAAUUUCCCAGUAUUUUUUGUAUAUUGGCGACCUGUUUUUCUUAUCAUCAUCGUCCAUUAUAAACUUCACAAUGAAACGCAGUGAAGGUUUUAUCAGUUUAUAUUUUGAUUGUUUCUAACCUUCUGUUUGUAACCAUAGUGCAAUUAACUAAUCAAGAACGUGUUUUGAUUGUUUAUAACAUUUUUUAUUGCCAUAAUGAAAGUUAUGCUGAAACAGUGUGCCAUCUUAGAUAAGUCAAAAUGAGGCGCCUAAUGGGAACAGUUCAUCGAUUGAUAGUUAAGUUCGAGAAAUCUGAACUAAACCAAAACGCGUUCUUGAAUAGUUGACAGCAACAUGGUUACAAAAGGAAUAUUAGAAACAAUAAAAAUAAAUCAAUUUAACCAAAUAAAUUUAUAAAACCUUCACAGCGUUUGUUUCCUUGUUUAUAAAUGAUAAUUAUCGAUGACAUUUAUUAUUCAGUUUCUAAUACAAUACGUAUUAUUAUUAUUGUAUUUUGCUAAAUACAGAGCAACACUCUUUACAUAAUAUAUUAUAUUACGGGGUGAUUUUUUUAUCAUAAGCCAGUCAAUAUCUUAGUAAGUAUUAGGAAUUUUAAAAUAAUUUUGUUUUGAACUAUCUAGUUUUUCCUGUUUUGUACUGUGAUAUAAUUUUGAACAUUUUAAUUGCCUCCCUUGUUUAUUAAACGCUAUCAACUUUUGAUUUUCAAAUGGCAACACCUAUUUUCGGUAACGAAAAUCUAUAAACAUAUUGAAAAAAAAACAUCCUAGGAUAAUGGGGAUAGGCUUAGCCACUGUUAUUACCAGUUUCAUUAAAAAUUGCUGGUAGAAAAGAUAUCCACAGAAAAAAAUCGUAAGAUUAUAUUUAUUAUAUUUUGUAAAUUUUCCUGAUUUUUCUGGGUGUUUCGCAUUUAAUAGGAAAACUCUUGAGAAAAUCGAAAAAUGACACCCUUAUGGUACUUUCCCAUUCCGAUUUCCUUUCAGAAAAGGUGCUAUAUGUAGAAAUCGGAGCAAGUCUUCUGGUAGAAAAGUUGUGCAUAGAUAAAAAAAAAACAUGAAUCUAAAAUAAUUUUAACCUUUACAGUAAUAUUUAUUCGAGUAAUUCGUUUGUGACUUAUUAACGUUUAAAUAUUUGUUCAAUUUACUGCUACUGGGCAAUUUAUCGAACCCAUCAGUAAAAACCAGAAGUCAAAACGGAGUACGAGGGAAUCGCCUUUCCCGCAUUACUAGGGCCACCUUAGUGGAUAUUUAUGAAACUAUAUAGAUCACAUUAUUACAAAUCACAAUAAUUAUCUGGUUAUAUUGUAAAUAAAGACACCCAAAUAGAUGGCGACACUACUGAUAGAAAGAUAAAUUCCACACAAAUAGGUCCUGAUGGCUUAUCAGUUAAUUUUCUAUUGUAUAAACUAUAUUAUUACUAUAAUCUAAUAUCUUUUUAAUUUGUUAAUUUCAUUAGGUCCUUAUCCAGAAUAUUAAAAGAUUUCAUAUGAUACACCAAUUAAAAAAAAAGUAAUUUAUCGGUUGCAAAAAAUUAUGACCUGUAUCUAUUACUUCUGUCCUAAAAAAAAAUUAAUCCUUUUAUUAAAUAUUCUUUGCGAUAGUCAACAUGGAUUCUGUAAAAAUCACUCCACUAAUAAUUUUUAUCAUAAAAUUUGUCACUGAGGGUUAUCAGGUAGAUGUAAUCUAUACUGAUUUCACAAAAUAUAGAGUUAACCACUUUAUUCUAUCAUAGAAAAUUAAUUCUAUUGGUAUAAAUAAUCCAUUAUUAUUAUGGUUUACAUCAUUUGUCACUAAUAGAAUUUAAAUAGUAAAAUACAAAAAUUUAAUUUCUUCUAUAAAUAUAACAUCUGGUGUCCUACAAGGAUCAUAUCUCUCACCACUUCUUUUUAAUAUAUUCAUAAACAUUAAAUUUUUGUCUAUGUUUUGCUACAUUAUUUUCAUUUGCUGAUGAUUGCAAAAUGAUUGGUUUUUUAAAAUCCAUUGAUGAAGCAUAUUUACUAUAAAAAGAUAUAGACAAUAUAGUUAGCUGGUGCUCAACCAACUAAAUAAUCUUAAAUAUGCAUAAAUACAAUUUUAUUUCCUUAUACUGAAUAAGGAAUCUAUAAUUUUUAAAUACCAAUUUCUAAUUGUAAACUACCAAUUGUUUAAAAUAUUACAAGUCUAGGAAUUAUUUUUGAAUCUAAUUUUACUUUUAAUACUCAUAUUUCUAAAAUAAUAAAUAAAGCAUCAAAACAAUUAGGUUCUGAAAGACGCCACUGUGAGAAUUUUACAAAUAUUAUUGCUUUAAAAUCAUUAUACUGUUCACUAGUACAAUCAUGUUUUGAAUAUAACUCCACUCUGUGAGCACCACAUCAGAUAGGUUUAAUUAAAGAACAAGAAGCUGUCCAACAUAGAUUUUUAUGAUUUGUUUCUAAUAAUUGUAAUAUAUAGAGAGCACACACAUCUUAUAAGCCAUUACUCAGUAUAUUAAAUUUAAAAACUUAAGAAAUAAGAAGAAAAAAAUUAGAUUUAUUUUUCUUAUAUAAAUUAUUAUGUAUGAUUAUUUUUAAGGUUUCUAAAAUGAAUUUAAGAAAUGUCAAUUUGUUUUAUUCAUCAUUAGCAAGUAAUCAAUUAGUAUCAAAAACACCAAUUCAUUGUUUAAUAAGUUUAGCUAAUAGGUACAAUAUUUUUUAUUUUGUUAAUAGUUUUUAUGAAUUUAAAAGUAAUGUGAAUUUAGUUCUUAACCUGAAUAAUUAGAUAAACAAUUUUUAUUAUAAUUGGACCUUUUGUCUGAAUGAAUUAUAUAAAUAAAUAACUAAUACAAAUUAUUAAUACUUGACAUAUCCACGACCCUAGAUUAAUUAAUAUAAAUUAAAUGAACAUACAUAUAUUAACUAUUAUAGAUUACAACAUUUUUAGGACUAUAGAUGUACUAUAAUAUUAGUAUUGUGCAAUUUUUUAAAAAAAAAUUAAUUUUAUACUUAUUUUUGAAAAUGGGUAAAUUUUUAAUUAAUAUUUUAAUUUAAAAUUUGUUUAAAAUUGCAUAAAAAUAACAUAUUCCUAUAAAAAAAUAAAAUUAGGUUAAUAAAAACUCCAUAGUCUUACUUAUGGAAAAUAGUAAAUUAAUUUAACCUAAUUAUUUAAAUAUAAAAUGAAUUAUCAAUGUUAUCAUUCACGACUUACAAACAUAGAAGUAGUUAGACUUGGUCUUACACACUUUUUUCUUUAUCUGAUGCAAUUUUAAAAACAACAAAAAAACCAUCAAAUUAUUUAUAAGAUUGAUUUAUUUCAUAAAAAAAAAAAAAUAUAUNAUAUAUAAAUAUAUAUAUAUAUAUAUAUAUAUAUAUAUAUUUAUAUAUACUUCAUUGAUCUGUUGUCCAUUUAAAAAUUAAAAUAUUAUACAGAAAUAUAUUUAAUUCUAUAUUAACUUAAAAAGUUAUCAGAUUGGUAGGUACCAAGUUAAUUAAUGUGUAUAUUUUUAAAUAAAAAUAUGUUUUAUAUUGUUUAAAACAGAUGCAAGAUUGCCAAAAAAUGAUGAUCCCAACAAUGGUGAACAGUGUGACCAAACUAGACAAAAUCAAAAUCAAGAGAAAGAAGAGCCAUUAAAUAAAACAAAUGUUAAUAAUGAAGAUAAAUGUUCAGAGAAUUUAUUACCAGCUGAAAAUACAAAUCUUAAAAAAAAUAAUUUAAAUGGUGAUAAAGUUGAUCAAGUUUUGGAAGACACUUUUAUUCGUUCUCUAUUCAGUGAAUUAUCUGAUGAACCGAAAAAAAAAUAUACAGCUUUGAAAAAAUGCCAAAAUCUGAAAAGGAAAAUGUUAUUUGAUUGUGAAAAAAAUUAUAAUUUUAAUAAUUCUGGAUUAGAUUUAAGUUAUAGUAAAAUUAGGAGAAUUGAAAGACUAAUUGAUUUACCUAGUAGUUCUGAGAAUCAAUCUGCUGAUGAAAUAGUACCAUAUGAAACGACAACAGACAGUCCGACGCCAGAGAGUCCGACACCAGACACUCCGACACCAGAUAGUCCGACACCAGACAGUCCGACACCAGACAGUCGGACACCAGACAGUCGGAAAACAGACUGUCCGACACCAGACAGUCUGACAUCAGACAGUCCGACACCAGACAGUCCAACAACAGACCAUCUGACACCAGAACGCCUGACACCAGACCGUCCGACAACAGAUCGUCUGACAACAGACCAUCCGACAACAGACCGUCCGACAACAGAUCGUCCGACAACAGUCUAUCCGGCAACAGAUCAUCCGACAACAGACCUUCCGACAACAGACCGUCCGACAACAGACCGUCCGACAACAGCCCGUCCGACAACAGCCCGUCCGACAACAGCCCGUCCGAAACAGACCGUCCGACAACAGCCCGUCCGACAACAGCCCGUCCGACAACAGCCCGUCCGACAACAGACCGUCCGACAACAGCCCGUCCGACAACAGCCCGUCCGACAACAGCCCGUCCGACAACAGCCCGUCCGACAACAGCCCGUCCGACAACAGCCCGUCCGACAACAGCCCGUCCGACAACAGACCGCCCGACAAUAGACCAUCCGACAACUUGGUUUUUACAAGAGAGUAAUUGUUUUCUUUUAACAGACGAAAUUCACUGCUGUGAAUGUCGAGAAUACAUUUCCUCUAAAUCCACAUUGAGUUAUGAUAAUAUUCAGUGCAGGUUUUAUGCUUUUCGCAAGUUGGAAAAGAAAUCAGGACAGUUAGUUGUUGCUGGAUUUCUGGAUCCGUAUGAAAAUGUUAUUGAAUCCGACACUUUACUCUGGGCACCCAUUAAAUACUCAUCUACUCCUAGGUUAGUUGUUGCUGGAUUUCUAGAUCCGUAUGAAAAUGUUAUUGAAUCCGACACUGUACUCUGGGCACCCAUUAAAUACUCAUCUACUCCUAGUGAUUUCAAAAUUGGCGCUUCAAUAAAAAUUUUAAAAGAUGUUGGAGGUCAAUUAUGCAAAAUUAUUCAAGAUGAAAAAGAAGCAUUAAGAUUAAGUUUGUCACUGAAUGAAAAUAAUAAAAAGCCAAUAUGGAAAAAACCUGUAAGAGGUGUAAGAGAAAUGUGUGAUUUGUGUAAGACAUCAAUAUUCAACUAUCACUGGUGCUGUCUUAAAUGUGGAUUUGUAGUUUGUAUUGAUUGCGUAAGGGAUAAUGCCCAAAGUAAUACACUUGAAACAGAAAGUGUACUAUUAUAUGAAGGCAAUCCAUGUUUCAAUAAUGAUAUACAUAGGUUGGAUCAGCUUACUAUUACACAAAUAUUGCCUGGUGAUUCCUUAGGUAAUAUUUCAAAAUUUAUGCAUGAUGAAUGUGCCAAACGUAAAAUACCUUUGAAAUGUGACUGUGAACAGCAACCUGCCAAUACUCCUGAAAAUGGCACACAAUACAUUUCAUCAGUCAAUAUAACAAUUAGUAUAGACAAUUUAUUUAAUUUACAUAUAAAGGAAAAUCGUGAUGCACUUUUAAGUAAUUUACGCAAUAUAAGAGUGCCACUCUACAAUUUACCAACAAUAUUUGACACAAAUGAUACCCCCCCACAUGUGUGGAUGUAUGAUAAACAAUUAUUACGUCUAUUGGAUCCAGAAUCUAAUUCCAAUUAUAAACUAUUCCAGGUAUUUAAGAAAAUAAAUAUUUUAUGUUAGGUUAAUAUUGUAUUAUACAAUUAUUAUUUCUAAAAAAACCAAAAAUGUGAGCCAUAGUUGCUCAAUAUGAAAACUUGAGUAAAAGUAAUGCAUACAUUUUUUGAUAAUAUAGAAAGAGAAUAGUUCAUAAAAGUGUAAUUAUGGAAUCUAGGUCAAAUUCAUUAGAGAAUUGAAGAGGCUAGAUAGAUGGCAAUAGAUAAGUGAUACAUAAGUGGAGAGAAUAUAGGAGACUAAAAGCUAAACUUAGGGUUGAAUACCAGAAAGAAGAACACCAAUUACAUUAUACUGAUUUGGUAUUGUAAAAUAAUAAAUAGUUUUGAGAGAGUGAAUGGAAUAGAUAGUGAGGAAUAUAUUUUUUGUAUGAAUAUUUAUGGACAAUUUAGUAAAAUAUGUUAAUAUAGUUGAGAUAUUCUACAAAUGCUUUAAAUAUAUAAGCUUUAAAAAAUUAAUAUAGUAAUAAAUACAAUUUUAAAAUAUUUAGGUUUAUUGUGUGUAUUAGUGUGUAAUAAAUUUAAAAUGAAAAUAUUUGGAUCAUUGUUAUUUUAUUUUGCAGGAACAAUGGAUAAAUGGUAAUCCUGUAAUAGUCAGUGGUAUGAAUAAAAAUUUGAAAAAAUCAUUAUGGCAUCCAGAAUCGUUUUCUCGAGAUUUUGGUAAUCAAAGAAAUGACCUGAUAGAUUCUAUUACAGGCAGAGUUAUUUGUAAUCAACGGAUGUCAAUAUUUUGGAAAGGAUUUGAAAAUAGUUCUAAAAGAAUGCGUAAUAAAAAAGGUUCACCUAUGUUGUUGAAACUUAAGGAUUGGCCACAAUCAGAAGACUUUGCAAAAAAAUUACCAGACAGAUUUGAAAAUCUGAUGGAUUCAUUGCCACUGAAAGAGUAUACACAUAGAACUGGCAAAUUUAACUUAGCUUCUUAUUUGCCAGAAUUUUUCCUUACACCAGAUUUGGGUCCUAAAAUGUACAUAGCCUAUGGUAAUGCAGGUACUGGACAUAAAGUACAAGGCACUACAAACUUGCAUUUGGACAUGUCUGACGCUGUCAAUGUUAUGGUUCAUGUUGCUAUUACAAAGAACUGCAGCAUAGAGGAAGUGUUAAAAGCGAUUGAUGAAGGUGGGUGUACACAAUCGGAGAAGGACCGAUAUUAUAAAAAUGGUGAAAUACCAGGUGCCUUAUGGCACAUUUUUCAUGCAAAAGAUGUACCUACUAUUAAGAACAUGAUAUGCAAAUAUAACAUUGACAAUAAAGUUACAAGAGAUUCUCACAGUGAUCCAAUUCAUGAUCAAACAUGUUAUCUAACUGCAAAACAUAUAUCAAUUCUGUUUAAUGAAUAUGGAGUCAAAUGUUGUCCAAUUGUUCAGUAUGAAGGUGAUGCAGUGUAUAUUCCAUCAGGAGCUCCUCACCAGGUACUUUUUAUCUUAGUUAUAGCAAAUUAAAACGUACCAUAAAUAAGGUGAACAAGACCAAUUUGAAUGGUAUUUUUGAAAACAACACAAUAAAAUGUUCAUAUUUCUUAUACAUAACAUAGACCAAAUAGAACUUUAAAAUAAAUUUUGUCCUACAGGUUUUUUUUUUUUUAAUUUUAAGUUUUGAGUGAAACAAGGUAAUUUUUAAUUUUUUAGGUGGUUUUUUAUAAUAAUUGUGAAAAACUAGGAAAAAUUGGAAAAUUUACAAAAUGUAUUAUUUUCAAUGUUAUUUUUUGUUGUGAUUUCAUUAAAAAUAUUUGUAUAGAUUUAUUUCAGAAAACUUAUAUUUGCUUUUACUAGAUGUGGUGAAAUGUUCAAGACAUUUUAAUAAUUUAUAGACAUUUUAAUUUUAAAAGUUUUUUUAUGUAGUUUUUAUUCAGUAAGUAAUUUGAGGAUAAAAUUGUUAGACCAAAUAUAAAUGCUUGAUAAUUAUUAUAAAGUUCAUUAUAAGUUGUACAAAGUAGUAAAAUCAAAAAAUUGAGCAUGAUGUAGUUUUUUUUUUGUAUAAGAGUUUUGUAAUCAAAUUUCCCCCUGGGAUUGAAAUAUAACAAAAUAGGGUAAUUUUAUGAAUUUUAAUUCUCUUUAAGUAUCAAUCACCAUGAGCAUAGAAAUAACAGAAAUAAAUAUUUUCUACCACUUUCUAGUUUCACAUUAAUAGAGUUAAUUUUAACACAAUGCACAUUAUAAUUAUUUUUAGUUAAAACAAAAAUUUAACUUAUAUUAUUGUUAUUAUAGUUUCAACAUUUUUAAUAACUUUCUUUCCCAAUGUAUGACGAACAAUAUUUCUUUAAUAUGUUUUAAAUCUGGCUAAAAAUAGUUGUGAAAUUAUUUUGUUUUUGUGUAUAAUGUAUAAUUUUUUAGAUAAUUGUGUAUGCAUUGAGUAAUCUAUACAAAAUGUAUAUAGUUAUACUUGUUUAUAUGUAUAUACUUUAUCUAACUAAUUUCGGUAGAUCAUUUUAUUUUCAAAACUAUUUUCUUUUUAUCAACAAACUAGCUAUCAUGUUACUGUGUCAAAGAAAUAUUGUUGAAUUAAUGUAUAUUUAGUUAUCAAUACCUUAGACUUAUGGUUGCUUUGACAAAGUGUAAAAAUAUAUGUUAAACUAAAUAUUUCUUCAUAGAUAGUUCUGCUAAAUGUGUCAAAUAAAAUAAAAAUAGAAUAUCUCUUAUACAAAACACUGUAUUGUAACUAAAAAUCAUAUAACCAACAUUUAGGUCAAAUAAAUAAAUCCUUAAUUUUUAAUUGGUUUUCAUUGGUUUUCGAAAACAAUAAGUUUUGGUGAAAACUAUUAACUAAAAUGUAUAGAGAAUAUUAUGUUCUUCAAUAAAACAAAUUGUAUGUUAUUAUUAUACAUACUAUAGUUUUUCAUUGGAAAAAAGAAUGAUGUAAUAUAUUAAAUUCUAAAUGGAACGGAAAAGUUAAUAAUUUUACAGAUAUUUUUUUUUUUAUUAUCUGUACAUAACUAUUCAUGAUUUGAUAUCAGAAGAUUUGUUCAAAUUUUUAAGUUCAGUACAUUUUUCGAUUUACUAAAGAGUUUUCUUAUCAAAUGCGAAAAACCAAAAAAAAAAAAAAGGAAAAAUGUAAGAAAUGUAAGUAUUAUCUAAUAAUAUUAUGGACUUCUUUUUCCUUGUGGACAAUUUUUCUACCAGCAUUUUUGCUCCAUCAUAUAGUGAUGCCAUGUUUCUAAAAGGAAAUUUCACUAGGGAAGUAUUUUAAUCAGAUAAUUUUUCGAUUUUCUGAAGAGUUUUCUUAUCAAAUUUGAAAAAUAUAAGAAAACUGGGAAAAUCGGUAUAACAUUAAACAAUUAUUAAUAAAGAAAAUAUAUAAAACAUAUUUAAUUAGUUUACUAUAAAAUGACAUAUACAUUGUUGAUAAAACAUCAUUAUCAACUGAACUCCACUCAGAAUCGUUUUUUCAUAAGCAAUGGUUUAUCGUUGCUUACAGUAUACAUUAAAUUAUCUACAGCAUUGGCUGCACCCAUUCUUAUUAUCCUAGGACGUCUUUUUUAACUUAUACUUACAUUUCGUCAUUUUCCUGUUUUAUCCUACUUAUUGAGAAAUAUCCAGUGAAAAUCGAAAAAUGACUUCUCAUAGGUAUUUUCCCAGUACGAUCUCCUUCAGAAGCUGAGCACAGAAAAAAAAAAAUCAUCUUUGUUAAAUUAUAAGUUUCUCCACAUAAUUUUUUACUCAAACGAUUUUCAUGGUAAUUUGAUAUUAAAACUCCUCAAUAAAAAAAUAAAUACUACAUUAAACUCAUUUUUUUUUUUUUAACCACACAGUAAAACUUGUAAUGAACUGCCUUUUAAAUUUUCAAUUAUUUAUGUUAAGUCUAACAAUUUUACCACACAGUGAAUAAAAGUUACAUACAAAACUUGCAAAGUUAGUAUGUCUAUAGGUAAAUAGCUUAAAAAUGGCUUAAAUUUUUUGAAAAUUUUACUGUUUACAAAAAGGAAAAUAUAAAUUUUCUGUCCAAAUUUCAAGUCUUUACAAAUAUUUUUAACUGAAUUACAACAAAUAACAAAAUUGAUAAAUAAUAAAAGCACUAGCUUUAUUCAGCAUUCUAACUGUAACAUAUACAACUUGAAAUACCUAUGUCUUUCAAAAAGCAAUUGUUUUUGUGUACUGAAGAAAUAAUUGAUAAAUAUAAUGUAUUUAAUAUGUAUUAUUGAUUAAUUUUAUGAAAAAUCAUGUCAAUCAAACCAAUUUCAAUUUUGUGUGUGAAUUGACUUACAUUGAUCAUAAAUGGAAUUGUAACCUUUAUAUGGAUCAAUGUCAAAAAUGUCUUAUUAAGUUAAAUGUUAAAUUAACAAUUUAUAAUUUGUAUGUGUGUUUCAGGUUAGAAAUUUGAAUAAUUGUAUAAAAGUUGCUGAGGAUUUUGUAUCUCCAGAAAAUAUCGAACAUUCAUGUCGCAUGACUCAAGAAUUUCGCAAUCUAUCCGAUAAUCAUUCUAAUCAUGAAGACAAACUGCAACUCAAAAAUAUCCUGUUUCAUGCAGUGAAAGACUCUAUCUCCGUUUUACAGGCUGGCUCAAGACCAUUAUGUCCAAUGUGCGGCUCAAAUGGCACAGGUGUCCAUUAA